UUCCUUUUCCUCCACCUUCCUGUGGUGAAGUUGCUCCUCUCCUGUUUGCAAACUUGUCAGCUGGGAUCCUAGGCAGGAGGUAUUUAAAUUGAUAUCCUUCAAAGGGAUAUCAAAGAAGCAGGUAGCAGUGGACUGAUUAUCCCCUUUUUAUGGACUUGAUUUUGACAGUGCAUGAUCUCUUGGCACUUUCCAGGCAUCUAGAAAAUGUUAAAAAGAUAAACCACUCUGGUACAUUAAUUAUUCAAAAAAGAUACAUUUAUAAUGAAAUAGCUCUGUACAUGUAACUAUUUUCAAAGUUCAAAGUCCAUAAAAAGCAUUAUUUUUGGAUGUGUAGGGAUUUGUUGGUUGUCCUCUCUCCUUGCCAUAUCUCUGCUGCACCCAAGCACAGGAUCAGGGCAGACUGUGGUUUGGUGACUCACCCCAUUCUGACGCCUGGGUCCCUCUCCUCUGUUCAGGUUGGGCACACGGCAUUCAGUCUGUAAUCAUGCUUGAGAGCCCUCACUGCUUCCUGAAGUAUUAGGGAGGCUGUAAUGAUGCUAAGAUUGUUCUAAUCCAAUUUGAUCUGUAAAUCCACUUCUCUGAAAAAUAAAGGAGUGGGGGGGUGGUAGUGGAGUGUCUUUGCUAAAUCAAAACCUUCCUGGCAUCAGAGGAUGAAGGCUUUUUCUUUUCAGCUGUGUACCGUUAAAUACAAAGGAUACACAGUAUGGUUGGAUUAGCAUUUCUAUGGGAACCAUAAGUUUUUGCUUUCCUUGACCUUUACCUGCAUAGUGCUAAAGAUUCAUUGAAGUGGCUCCAAAACACCUUAUUUGUUUGUUCAAUGAGCUCGUUGCUGCGGUCAGUACUUGGAGAAGCUUUAUAAGGGCCUGCAGGAGGAGAUGAGAGGCAGGGCAGGCUGUGAGGCACAGAAGGGCAGCUCUUUUCCUUCUCUGUGCUGCUUAGCAGCAUCCCAGCUGAUACGAGGUGUGCAGGCUGAGACCACAGCUCUUCCAUUUUCCCCUGCCCUGGGGCGAAGGACAUUGAAAAGAUGGAGAACCAGAGGAGAUCUCUCCUGGGAUGCGUCCACUGGGAAGCAGAAGAGGAGGGGGACGAGGAAGAUGAAGUGGCUUCUGGUGCUUCUCCUUCCAGCCAAAUGAGCGAACUGGAGGACGUGCAGGUGGAGAUGCUUGAAAAGGCGAGGGAACUCUUCCAGCUCUGUGACAAGGAUGAGAAGGGCUUUAUCACCAAGUUGGACAUGCAGAGGCUUCAGAGUGAGCUCCCCCUAACCCUUGAGCAGCUGGAGACUGUUUUUGACAGCUUGGAACAGAAUAAUAAUGGUUACCUGACACCUGUGGAGUUCAGCAUGGGACUAGGAAAGUUAAUAGGAAUCGACUUGUGUCAAGAGGCUGGAAGGACAGAUCACUCCAGUCACGAGGAGACCUUUGAGUCAGGUUGGUCAGAUGACAUGGACCCAGCAGACGAUGAAGAGAAACGAUUCUGCUCCAUGAUGGAGCAGCUUGGAGCAGCCCAGGUGUUUGAAGAUCCUAGCGAGGUUCGAGAUCUUUGGGCCCGGCUACGAAAGGAGCGGCCGGAGCUCUUGGCCAAUUUUGAGGAGUUUCUGCUGCGUGUUUCCUCAUACAUCAGGGAGGUGAAUCAUGAAAAGGAGUCUAUGGAGCGGGCAUUGAAGCGAAAGGAGACGGACCAUGACCGGGAAGUCAGAUGCCUUUAUGAAGAAAUGGAGCAACAGAUCAAAGCAGAAAGGGAGAGGCUAAUCUGCCAGGAAGCACUGAAACACAACAGGAGUAACCUGCUCCAAAAGGAACUGCACAGCAAAGAGCAAGAGCUGGAGAAAAUCCUCUAUCGACAAAAGAAGCUGGAACAUCAGCUGCAGUCUCUGAACUCAGAGCAGCUGGAGACCCGUGUGCAGAAUGAAAAGCUCCGGCACCUGAAUGAAAACCUACUGGAGGAGCUGGAGAAAAGCAAAUGGGAGCUAGAGGCUGUCAAGGGACAACUGCAGAAGCUGCAGAAAGAGGCCCAGAAUGAGCAAGAGCAGAAGGACAGGGAUGUGUUCAGAGUCUCCAAAAACAUGCAGAAAGAGAAACAAAGCCUCCUUCGGCAGCUGGAGCUCCUCAGAGAGAUGAACAAGAAGCUUCGAGAUGAGCGUGACACUUUUGAAGCCAAGAAGCCGGCACCUCAGAGCAAAAAGCCCCUCUUGAAGAAAGGGUCAGUGCUAGGCAGUUACCUGCUGGACGACAAGCCGUUCAAACGACAAUUGGCCUCUGCGGACCUUCCUGUCACCUUCCCUAUGGAUAUGGCAGUGGAAGAACCCAACAGGAAGAACUGCAGAUACUUCUCAGGCAACGGGAUGUGGCUGAAGACAGGCGAAAGAGGCAGCACGGACUUUGGAGAGAAGAACAGAGACCAAGAGAAGUGGUCAGUGGGAGCAGAUGCUGAGAAGCUGAAGAUGGCUUUGAAGAGUGAUGCUGACUGUAGAAGAAAUGCAGAUGGGUUGGAUGAUGCUCCACUAUCUCCUAGAGGACAGCCAGUUGGUACUGAAAGCAGGCUCCAGGUGCUGGAACCUGCCAGUUGUUCCCCCGAUCGUAUCUUCAAAGUUGUGUUUGUGGGGAACUCUGGUGUUGGUAAGAGUUCCUUCAUCCAUCGCUUCUGCUAUGACAGGUUCUUGGCUGAUCUCAAUGCAACUAUCGGUAUUGAUUACCAGGUGAAGAGUCUGAUGGUGGACAACAUUCAAGUUGCAUUACAGCUGUGGGAUACAGCUGGACAAGAAAGGUUCCGGAGUAUCACCAAGCAGUAUUUCCGGAAGGCAGAUGGGAUUCUGGUGAUGUACGACAUUACGGCCGAGUGCUCCUUCAUGGCAGUGCGCAACUGGAUGAGCAGCGUCCAGGAGGGCAUUGAGGAUGGAGCUGUGGUUUUUCUGCUUGGAAAUAAAAUGGAUACCACAGGGAGAGAGACUCGGAGUGUACCCAAGGUGGAGGGAGAAAGGCUGGCGAAGGAAUACAAGGCUGUCUUCUAUGAGUGCAGCGCUAUGACUGGCUACAACAUCAUGGAGCCCAUGCUGCACAUGGCCAGGUUGCUGACAGCACAAGAAGACAGGCAGAGGGAGAAUGCCCUGCAGCUGGAAGAUGUCAGGAGGAAAGGGUGCUGCACAUAAGGAACAUCAGUGUGUCAGCAAGAGCCAAGGGUCAGCACCGUUGGAAUUCCUUCUCAGCAAGUUGAAUCUGAUGGUAUCAUGUCUGCAGAGAUUUAGGGAAUCUGCAACUUUUUCCCAUCUGGGAAUUUCAAUGCACUCAAUCAGGGCAGAAUGUGCAUAUGGUCUGUACUGUUCCCUUUCCCACCUGCAUGUCCAGCCCUGAUUAUAGGAGGCCUCUGAUCUCUUGGGGGAAUUUGGCAGGCCUUAGCAAAUGGCACAGACUUGGUCCUCUGUCCAGAGGCAUCAUUUCCAUGUAAAAUGAUGAAGUCUUGCUCCUUUAGUUUCUGGCAAAAAUGUUGUCUUGCAGCAGAGGGGAGGACACAGAGGGUGUUAAUUCGAUUAUUUUAGUAUAAGAAAUAAAGAGAUGAUUUUAAAUUUCGGCGAACUCUAGGUAGUGAAUCUUUCUCUCACUAAGAGCAGAAUUUUCUUGGCUUUAUAACAGCAAAGCCCAGCUGACAGCUUGCUGUGGUAGACAGGGAAGCCUUUGCCUGUUCUUCUAAGAUCUGAAUCAGGCUCUGCACUUGGUUGGAAAUCUGGUUUGACUGGCCAACACUGUAGAUAACUGCUUCCAUAUGUGGAUAUAGCAUGAACUGCUAAAACCGUUCAUCCUACUGGCUUUCUUCACUGUGCUACCCUAACGAACUUCACUACUCUCCUUCUUGUACUGUUCACAGAACACAGAGCAGUUGCCCUGGGACUCACAGGCGACUGCUGCGCUGGUACGUGCUGCUGUUCCAUAACCUGUUGUGGGAGCUGUGCUGUAUCUACUGGGAGCCAUGUAUAGCCUGCUUUAAGGCUGAAUGCUGCCUGCUUCCUCCCAUUCUUUUAUUCUUUCCUGAAAGGUCUUCAGCAGUUAGGAGUGCACAUAUCCGCAGUACUGAAAUGUGCCCAGAUUCCACCCCGCUGGCCUGACAGCAGUGCUUUGAAAUGUACUUGGGCUGGAAGCACGAGGCAGCUGCCUCAGCUGCAACGGGUACAUAGUGAAAUUUUUGCUUUCACAGUGACCUUGUGCAUUAACCUCAAUUUCCUUAUGAAGGGCCUCAGCAAGACAAGGGCUGCACCUAUUCCUGUUAAGAAGGAGCUUGUUUUCCACCAUGGAGUGGUGCAAAGCAGAAUGAGAAGACAUGAUGGCUGAGGUAGGAACUGGCCCCACAAGCAUCUCUCUCAGCUGCCUUGGCUCUGAGUAGCUGCUACUGUGCCUGGGUGUGAAGAGCCUUUCUUCCUCUGUUUUGUAGCUCAGUUGUUUUUAAAGCUUUGUGGCUUUCUCCUUGAGCCCAUUUCUUUAUGUGUCUUUGAAAUCUUGGGCACAAUAUGUGAUACCGCAGCUAGGAAACAGUUCUCCAACCCUCAGCAUAGGCAAGGCCUGUAUUUAUCACCUCCUUCCUCUCAUGGGAUAGGGCAAUUACUCUGGCUCCAAAUAUCUGUUUGCUGCACAAAUUUCUCUGGGAAUAUUCCAUGCAGGAAAAGUGAUCUGAGUCACCUACUGCAUUACACAGUCUUUCCAUGGUUCCUCCCAGUGCCAUUUACUUCUAGUGAGAAAGAGGAAGAUUCUCUCCGGAAGAGCCAGGUUCCUGACUUAAAGAAAUAGCCCAAAGUACUACAUGUCUGCUCAGUCCUUACUGCUGACUGUGGUUCUUGCUAUUGUACAGCUGGUGAAUUUAACUGCACAAACUGACCAGGAAGCCGUACAUUAGAAGAGGUCCUGAAGAAACUAGGGCUUCUGGUUUUGAGCUUAGGUAACACCAGCAGCGCUUCCAGUGGAACUGCUAAUGUUUGCAAGAAAGGAUGUUUGUGAAGUGAAAUCUCUGUUCUUGGAAAACACAAAACUUUAGACUGCCUUGUACCAGAUGACUGUCCAAAUGCAGAUGUGGAUUUUGUGCAUUCUAACCAAUGUGGCCAUGGAGGAGUACAGACACUGUCACCUGCUAAGUCACUAAAAUUCACUAGCUGAGUUGGAGGAGCUGCUGUCAACAAUUCAUUUGCGUCGUGCUCCAGUUGUAGGUUAAUAAGAACAGGCAAUAAGAAUUGACAUCUUCAGUGGGCACAUCAAUAACACCAAAAUUUACUUACCUGCAACAGCGUGCUGGGCAGGAUUUUGGAAGCUGCAGCAGAAGAAAAGUAUGGUAUCUAAUCUGCUAAUAUGGUUUGAAUGUGCAGCUCCCACACUGUGUAAAAAGCACAUGAAAGAUAAAGGAGUAAAGUAUACCUGGCACACACGUACCAUGCAGCAUGUGGUAAUUACCUUCCUCAGCACUGUCAUACUGCAACAGGAAGAACUACCACGUGUUUGUUUUUUGUUUGUUUUUGGUUGGUUGGUUGUUCUUAAUGUACAGUCUUAAGGAUGUUUUCUUAGCGGGCAAGCAGGGUGCAGGCAAUAA